AUAUUUCUAUCGAAAGAACAAGAAGUAGGAAAUACUCAUCGCAAAAACAUAUUUAAAUUACGGCGUUAGUCUGAAUGAUCAUAAUAAUUUUCAAGAAAAAGUAGAGAACCAGUCAGAUAUUCAAUUUUAAUUUUAUCCUCGAAUGGUAAAAGUUGUUUUAGUAAUAAAAUGUGUCGCUCAUUGUGAACUACUCUAAUGUAGCUCUUGGAUGAUUUGACGUUUCGGGUUACCUGAAACUUUUGAACGCAACCAUUAAUAUUUGUGAACAUGGCGCGAGGUAGCAGUGCUGGUUUUGAUAGACAUAUUACGAUAUUUUCGCCGGAAGGAAGGCUUUAUCAAGUGGAAUAUGCAUUUAAAGCAAUAAACCAAGGUGGCCUAACGUCUGUUGCCGUUAAAGGAGUCGAUACUGCCGUUUUUGCGACACAGAAGAAAGUACCUGAUAAGUUACUCGAUGCUUCCAGUGUUACUCACAUUUUUCAACUCACUGAGCAUAUUGGUUGCCUUAUGACAGGCAUGAUUGCUGAUAGCAGAUCACAAGUGCAACGUGCACGGUAUGAAGCGGCUCACUUUAAGUAUAAAUAUGAUUAUGAAAUUCCUGUGGAUGCCUUGUGCCGUCGUAUUGCAGAUAUCAGUCAAGUCUAUACGCAGAAUGCCGAAAUGCGACCUCUUGGAUGCUCUAUGAUGCUUAUUUCAUAUGAUAAAGAGAAAGGCGCGUGUAUUUAUAAAGCUGACCCUGCGGGUUAUUUCUGUGGUUAUAAAGCCAUUUCUGUUGGUGCUAAGCAAACUGAAGCUAAUUCUUAUCUGGAGAAGAAAUUGAAAAAGAAACAAAAUUAUGAUUACGACGAAACUAUUCAAUUAGCUAUUACAUGUUUAUCAACUGUCCUGUCUGUAGAUUUUAAACCAACUGAAAUUGAAGUUGGCGUAGUAUCAAAAGACAAUCCUAAAUUUCAGAUUCUAACAGAACAAGAAAUAGAUAAGCAUCUUACUGCAAUUGCUGAAAAAGAUUGAUAACUUUAUGUAUACUUUAACACAAAUAAAUGUCAUGUCUUACUUAA